CUUUCAUCAAGUCUUACCAGUUUCUUCUGCUUUACUGACACUCAGCCAGUCAACUUCAUCGUAUUCUUUGUCCCGCCAAAUGAGUGAAGCAGCCUACCUAAACCAUCCGGAAAUACCAACAGGUCAUGCCGACGUAUCAGCCCUUGACUUGAACAAACACACGAUCGAGUGGCAAGCGACGAUCGACAACCAUCCUUUCAAUCACAAGCUCGCUAUAUUUUUACCGUUUUGCACAGCAGACAAGGCACGCCAGCAUUUGCAGCACGAUGUUGGCGCCUACUACAAAGUGGAAGCAAAACUGUCUGAUCUUUUGGAACCUGGUUUUUGUGAUCUGCAGAUUCAGUCGCCAAGCCGACGUUUUAUCUUUCACAGUAUCGAUACACAAUUGGACACGGACGACGUUGUCGUAUUGGAUCUCAAUGGUAACCUGACGUUCAGCCUGCUAAAGUCCACAUACGAAGAAUUGGGAUUGGAGGGCCGAAAGCAAAGCAGGGGAGACGUACGAAGACAAAAACAUAUUGUCCAGAUCAAUCUUAGGGAUGCCAAGAUGAAACCUGGCGACAAGCGAUACGAUCGAUUACUAUGGUGUCUCCAAAACAAUUUGGACCGUCCAUUCAAAAUAGUCGCUGCUCUUAUUGACACAGAAACCGGCAAUACAGAAGAUAUCCCAUGGCCAAAGAAUAUUAGGGCUGAGAAAGUGCCUUUCCAAUGCGAAUACACCGAAUUAUCAGGCGUGAAUAUCCCAUCUUUUGAAGGCUUAAAUCAGGACGGACAAGUAGUGGAUGAUUGGCUGCACCGAGUGUCUCUUGCAAUGGAAUGGCUUGGUCUCGCACAUGUGAGAGCGAAACGAUUAAGAGACAGUGAUCGAUCCGAACCUUAUAUUUCAGUGUACAAGGAACCGCAGCCAUCGGUUCAAAACGCCCAAGGAACGUUGGUCCAAUGGAAAGGGCUUAUCCCACCAUCCUUCAUCAAACAGGUCAUGAUUAACCUGAGAAAAAUGAUGUUGGGGCACGCUGUCGAAAGCUGGGCUUCCUUGACGGUGUGGGGUUUUCGCGACUCACCAUUCACUUGGAAUGAUACCCAGCAUUACCACUUUUUGAACGGCGAGAACGAUUACACGUUCUUCCUGCAACCAUGCGAGAAUGACACCCAAAAAGCGGUUAGUUAUGUGGCCUAUGGCAGUCAUCACAGCAAUUAUCGAUGAGAAAAACAGAUGUACAUAUCGUAGCUCCUUUUACAUAGAUUUUAACCGCAAAAAAAAAAAAAAUCACAUCAUUUAUUGCUUGUUGACAAGCGCAAAAUAUUUGGCGAAAAUACCAACAGCGACAAGGCCGGUGGAUAAUACAGCCACAAUAUUGGCAAU